AUGGACUCGACCUUGGACACGAAGGGCUCGCGCGCCCCAGACCGCAGUGACAUCGAGUCAGCCGCGGUGAAAGAGUAUUUCUCGCCUGCCUCGCCGCCCCAGAGCGACGCCCCCAGCGACGACGAAGAGGAAAAGGCGCUCCUCUGGAAACAGGACAAACGAAUCAUCCCGCUGUCGGCGGGCAUCUACUUCCUCUGCUUCCUCGACCGGUCCAAUAUCGGCAACGCAAAGAUCCUUAACUCGUCCACGCGCCACGACAUGCAGACGGAGACGCACAUGUCGAACCGCGACUUCACCAUCGCCCUCAUGGUGUUCCUCAUCGCCUACGCCGUCUUCGAGGUUCCGUCCAACAUCCUUCUCAAGAAGCUCCGCCCCUCGCGCUGGCUCUCCUUUCUCAUGUUCUCCUGGGGCACCGUCACCAUCGGCCUCGGCGGCGCCACCAACGGCGCGGCCGUCACGGGCGUGCGGUUCCUGCUGGGCGUCUUCGAGGCCGGGCUGUUCCCCGGGCUGGUCUACUACCUCACCUUCUUCUACAAGCACAACGAGAGGAGCGUGCGGGUGGCCAUGAUUCUGGCGAGUGCGACGCUGGCGGGCGCCUUCGGCGGCGCCAUUGCGUACGGCAUCGGACACAUGAACCAGGUGCACGGUAUGUCCGGCUGGCGCUGGUUAUUCAUUCUAGAGGGCAUCCCGUCUUGCCUGUCGGCCAUCCUCGUGUGGGCUUACCUACCAGACUACCCCGAGACCGCAGGGUGGCUGUCGGAGAGGGAGAAGGACGUUGCGCGGCAGAGGCUGUACUACGAAGGCAGCAAGAGCAGCGACAAGAGCAUGUCGUGGGAGGAGGCCAAGGUGACGUUGACGGACUGGAGGCUGUACGGACACUACGCCGUGUACUUUGCCAUGUCGACGCCGUUCUCGUCUCUGUCGCUCUUCAUACCGUCCAUCACGGCCGGGCUGGGCUUUCACGACUUACAAGCGCAGCUCAUGACUGUCCCCCCAUAUGCGGCAGCGUACGUCGUGCAGAUCCUCGUCGCGUGGUCCGCCGACCGCCUCAACGCGCGCGGCGCGCACUCGGCGGCGCUCGCCCUCAUUGGCGGGAUCGGCUUCCUUAUCUCAGCCGUGCUGCCACCCGACGCAUACCACGCGCGGUACGGGUGUCUGAUCGUCGGGGCAUCGGGGGCGUUCGCGUGCAUCCCGCCGCUGCUAGGUUGGCUGAGCUCCAACGUGUUCAGCACGGGCGCGACGGGGCUCGCGAUCGCGCUCAACGUCAGCUUCGGCGGCGGGCUCGGGCAGAUACCGGGAGUCUGGACCUACAAGGCCGAGGAGAAGACGAAGGGGUACCCGACCGGCCACUGGGUGAACGCGGCGCUGCUUUUUGUGGUUGUCGUCGGGUGUGCCUGGUUGAGGAUAUACUACGGGGUGAAGAACCGUCAGAUCUUGAGGCGGGCGGCGGAGGACGGGACGCACCCGAGGCUGUACAAGUUGUGA